AUGGCUAAAGCCAUAAGCGAAGAGCUGCUACAUCUUGAUGACGAAAGAAUAGAUUGGACGGAGGAGUAUCGCGAGCGCGAACGUUUAAGGAGGGAAGCGGAGGAAAAGCUCGCAGAGUCGAGGAAAGUGAAAAAAGACGAAACGUUAGAGAAAAUAUGCCCCCCAGUGUAUAGUUCGGACGAAUGCAACCCGUUCGGGUCUAAAACUUUAAGGGAAGAUGACAUGGAGCUAUAUAAACGCAUACGAGAAGAAGUGGAGCGCGAAUUCGCGCCAAAAGAAUACAAAACUGACUAUCGCUCAGUUACGAAGGUGGAUUUUCACAGCAAUGAAAUUCCGGAUCGUCCCAGGCCGGAACCACGCGUGAGUGCUGCUUACUGCUUAUUUUGCUAUAUUCAGCUGCAACUUCACUGCUGGGAAAAACGGGGUAGUGAACUAAUAAGCACAUCGAG